GUUUACUAGUCAUUGUAUAGAGACGUGUAGUGAUGAUAAGAGAGAGGGAGAAAUAUGGGAGUGCCCAUGGUUAAGAGUUGUUGCUGCUGCGCCACUCUGCACACGGGGACCUUGAUUAUAGCCUAUCUGUACACGGUAUGGGCAUUACUGGAGCUGACUGGGUACAGUUUGCUAGUAACGCUUGCUCCUAUCGCUCGAGAAGGUAAAGUGUCUGCUCAUCGGUACGUCUUGUAUAUCACGGCUGCUACUGUUAGCGGAAUACAUUUAUUAUGCUCCCUUCUUCUCAUUGUAGCAGCUUAUAAGAAAUUGGCGUCCCUAACGCUACCAUGGACCAUAGUGACGGGUAUCCUGACAGCAUUGUUCUUCGUUAUGUGUCUCACAGGUAUCAGUCUGAUCCUUCAGGACUCCGGGGAGACCCUUGAAAUAGAAAUCGUGGUUAUCGCUGUGCACCUUGCGCGAGCUUGCGUUUCAGUAUACAGCAUCAUAGUGGUUCAUAGCCGUCACAAAGAGAUCAUGUACGAAGAAGAUGAAGCACGGUUUCAAGGCUCAGCAAGGAUAUACUAUCCUGUAAAAACCUCCGACCACCCCUUAUAAUAUUUUUUUUAUAUGCAUUGCUUUUUGUGACGAAUCGAUUAAAGCAUAUCAUAGCCUUGAAAAGUGCACCUCCAAUAUUCCUCCUUCUAUUACGAAGCUAGUCAUCUAACUAAUCGUUGUAUAAUACAGUAAAUUUUCCAAAAACCCAGACUGUGGUUGUGAAAUGUGCAUUUGAAUCUGUGUCAAAUGCAGCAGGCAUUGGGUGUCACAUAAUAUCUUUAGGCAAACCAGUUAGUUUUCCGUUCUGGUUGACUAUUUUCCCUUUUCACCGAAGGCCUGCCAUCCUCCACUAUUUCGUGAACCGUAAAUUGUUUAAGUUUAAUAAAUUAAUUGAAAAAAAAUUGGUUUCGACAAUUCUUAAUAUUGAUCUUUAACUUAAGUAAUAUUGAAAUAAUGAUUGUUG